CUUCAGUCCAGACCUUACCAGCAGACCUUCUUCAGUGCGGAAGUACUUCCUCUUGGUCAUCACAGGACACAAACGCAACCAUGAUCAAGAUUUUCCUCCUUCUGCUUCUGCUUGUCGGAACAAAAAGUGAUGUUACUGACGAUCCAGAAGACAGUGACGGCGGUUCCCCCGGUGACGGUGGUGCCCCCGGAGCCCCCGGAGCCCCCGGUGACGGCGGUUCCCCCGGUGACGGCGGUUCCCCCGGUUCCCCCGGUGACGGCGGUACCCCAGGUGCCCCCGGUGACGGCGGUUCCCCCGGUGACGGCGGUUCCCCCGGUGCCCCCGGUGACGGCGGUACCCCAGGUGCCCCUGGUGCCGGCGGUUCCCCCGGUGACGGCGGUGCCCCCGGUAACGGCAGUUCCCCCGGCACCCCCGGUGACAGCGGUUCCCCCGGUAACGGCAGUUCCCCCGGUUCCCCCGGUGACGGCGGUUCCCCCGGUGGCCCCGGUGCCCCUGGUGCCCCUGGUUGCCCCGUUGGCCCCGGUGGCACAACACCCACCAUCAAUCUUUUGUUGGACGAAGGCGUUGAAAUUUGCGUUGGGCUUCGCAAUCCCGAAGAAGGUGACGGCCGCCACAUUACUUUCAAGGUUGUUGAUGGUGUCGUCAAACUAAAGGUGUCCACCACCCAUUAAGCCGUCAAACUCUAAUAAUUUAGAAAGCGCUCAGCAGUUUAUCUGAAUUAGAACUGCAGCAAUAUUAGUUUGACAUUUACUUCUGACAUCAUGUUCCUGUUCCAGCUUUCUAACUGUCAUUCUAUUAAUGACCACUGGGGGCGGUGUGGUUGGGAAGUGGCGAUUUAUGGUGAUGUGUAGCGUUAUUCCAGGAAAAAAGAUGCUAAUUAGCUAAAUUUCAAAAGAGAUUAAAAAGGGA